AUGAUACAAAAGUGGCACUCCUUUCUCCUUAUGGAUUCUGGUCAGAUAAAGGUCAAUUUGCUUGAUCGGAUGAAGGAGCCACCCCAGGACAAGGUGGACCAGGUCACAGUCUCCUGGAGCAGCCUGUUCAUCAGAGCAGCGGGACAGUACAAGACAGUCGACUGCGAUGGAGUCUGCCAGCCUGGGACAGUGACUGGAACUGUGGGGCAGAGAAAGUGUGGAAAGGGGGCCGUGCUGGACGCAAUCAGCGGCAACACGCCUCCGUCAAUGGAGGUGAUGUUUGGAAGCAGAGUCGAGUUCAACGGGGCAGAGCACCAGGAGCGGUCAUUCGUUGGAUACGUCAGAAACACAGAGAACUUCGUAAGCGACCUGACUGUCAGGGACCACAUCAAAUUCGUGUACGAAAUGAGCGAUGGAUUCGAUAGGGACAUCCGCGGCUACUACGAGUCGGUGCUGGUUGAGGCGGCUGAUAAGCGAAUCAGCGAGCUGACCUCCUCCCAGAAACUGGUUGUGAAGGUGGCUGAAUGCGAGAUACUGAGAAAGAGGGUUGUUCUGGUUCACCUGGGUGGAACAGACCCAGUGGUAGUCAGGGAGACACUUCGUGUCCUAAGGCGCCUAUGCAACGAGUACGGCACCACCGUGGUCACCGCCGUGGACGAGGCAUCCUCAAAGUAUCUCGCUGACUUCGAUCGAAUCAUCCUCAUGUCUCGAGGAUGCACCUUCUACCAGGGCACCUACCAGAACAUCAAGAAGUAUUUCGCAGAGAAGUCGAUUCUCUUCUCAAACGAGUACGGGAAGCCGUUCAAGUACAACCAGGCGGAGUCAACGAGUGCAAUCGUCAACGAGAUGGUCCACGUCGACAGGAGGAAUCCAGCCAGAAACGCAGGACUCAUCACGUUUCUCGCUGACGAGUACUUCAAGCACAAGACUGGGACUGAGUUGAGUCCGUAUUUGGCAACAGGCGAUGACGUCAUGAACAGGAAGCGAGUUGCCCAGAGAAGGAUGAAUCCGCUGAAGAUGCUCAUCUUCUACGUCAGCUACUUCGCCAAAAAGGAGUUUGCCCUGAGACAGGCGGGCUUCAACAUUUUUCUACCUGAAAUUCUCUUUUUGCUUCUGGUCGCCUGGUAUCGCCUGGGAUUCAAGCAGCUCAAUUUGACAGAAUAUUUCGGAUCAAGUGCAACUGGAAACUUCGGGCUGCUUCAGGCAGUUUGGACGGAGACAGUGACUCGGCUGAAGCAGGUGCGGGACAGUGGGCUGCUUCCAGUCGAGCCAAUCAAGAACAAGGACGAGGUGCUCUAUCCACUGUUCGUCGUGAUGGUAUACCCAAUUCUACUGCUCAGGGUCUUCGUUCUCACCGGAUUCAACAUAAAUCUGUCUGCCGUAGCAGCAGUUCUGGGAAGGAGGGAGCUCAAGCAGGACUUCUACAAAAAACACACAUUUCUGGUAGGAUACUAUUUGGUCAGAAUGGGAGUUACGCUUAUUGAACUGGUUACAAAUAUGGUCGCAUUGGGAGUACUCCUCAACAGGAUAUAUCCGGCGUAUACGCUCAAGUUGUGGGCGUUCUGUCUCCUGUUUAGGUCAUUUGAGCUAUUUGGGCUUCUGCUUCUCUACAAGUUUGCAAUAAUAUUCAGGAAGUACAAGUCAAUUACGAUAAACCUGGCUGUUCUGAUUGUAAAGGGAUUUAUGGUGGGAGCACUGUUGGCAAUGCUGGCUGCAAACUACAAGGAAGUGGCAGACUACGAGAGUCGGGCAUUUAAGGGAGUCAUACUGAAAUACGUAUUAUUCAGCAUAUUCAGUUCAAGGAUACUGCUAUACCUGUUGACAAUGGGUGGACUGGUUGGAUUGAAUGCAAUUGGAUUCCUGCUAUUGAAGUACUUGAACUAG